GAGAUCUUCGCGGACGAGAAGGACACGCCAUGGACCUUCGUGGAGGCUCUAAACUCGCUCAACAAGGGCGAGGUUAUCAGCGUGGACAAGGAGGAUGCGCCCAUGCGGGAGGACAACUACGCACCAGAGGCGACGGCAAGGGCGCCAGACGACAGCAACCUAGAGGACGACUGGAUGGAAGAGGAAUUCAAGGGUCGGAAGGCGUACGUACGAGUACGCCUACGACAUCGACUGGCGACGUUCACACAGAGAGGAUUCCGGGCCUCGCCGGAGAAGACGACCACGGAGCGGGUGACUGUGGCCAAGUUCGAGGACGGCUCCAUGGAGACACUCAAGGAUGACAACUGGAACGUCCCAGGGAAAUCAACCAGAACACUGGGACGGCGCUGGACUGGCAAGACGUACCUGUUCCCGAACAUCGAAGACAAGACGGACGGAGCUGAAGCCACUGCACCCGGACAAGGGUCAGGAUCCGAGCCGUCAGCAUCGGUGACUGGACAGAACGAGAGAUCAGGAAAACCUACUCGAACGACAGUAGACACUCCGAUCGGAGAUCAAGUCGAACCCGACCUGAUGGUGGAUACAGAGAUCGAACCGACACCCGUGAAGACCGACGAGGGAACGAUCACCGUGAACCCCAAGUGGAAGACCAGAGACGGGAAGCGAAAGCAGAAGCACGACCUGUUCGCGAAGACUCAGAGGAUAUGGAUGAAGAAACCGUUCGGGCCCUCACUCAAUGACAAGGAGACCGACUGGGACCAGCUCGACUGGGAGAAGUUCGACCUGAGCGCGUUCGCGGCGACCGAGCUGGAGGAGGACAUCUCCAUACCCGUCGAGACGGAAUUCAUCGAGGUGGCGUUUGACGCGAUAGACAAGGCGAGCGUCAAGAACAUGACGACAGAGCUGAAGGACAAGAUGAAGGCGGCGAAGCUCGUGGAAGUGCGCGACUGGAUCGCGAACGACGUGCUCGCUACCUCCGCACUUAAGGAGCCAGUGACAUCGCCGACUAUGACGAGGCGCGCUCGGAACCUGAUUUUCCAGAUCGCGGCGAUGAAGACCUGGAGGCUCAAGAAGGGCGACGUCAAGGCGGCGCUCCUGUAUGGCAAGGGCAUGCCAGAGGAUAAGCACGUCUUCAUAGCUGCGAGUAAGGAGCUGGCCGAGCGCUCCAUCUUUCAGAGUACUGGUCCUACGGCGACGGUCGAGACGCUGUUCGACAUCAACAAGCUGAUCAGGCAUAUCAAGCUGGACCUGAACUACAAGCUGACGUUCGAGCCGUUCCGAGGGAAUGCCGUGGUAGUUGGGUGGAGCGACGCUGCCUGGACCAACCGGCCUGGCGGACUAUCUACUGGAGGCUACGUGAUAGGCAUCGCACCGGAGGAGAUCCUGGACGGCAAGCGGACGCCGGUCGGCUGGGUGUCGCAUCGAAGUGGCAAGCUACAGCGUGUGGCAAGAAGCUCACUCUCGGCUAAAGUUCAGGCGCUGACUGUCGCAGAAGACGAGCUCUUCAUGGUACGCAUGAUGUGGGCUGAGCUGAAUGGGUUCGUGUCGGACGUGGUGGCUGGAACAGCCAGUACAGGAUGUCAGUUACGACCCAUGGUCGAAGGAUUACGCGAAGUUCGAGCCUGCUUGUGCGUGGACGCAAAGAGCAUCUACGACUGUCUCGCGAAGCAGGUGCAGAUGCAGAGUCUGGCGGAGAAGAGGACCGCUCUGGAGCUGAUGGCUUUUGAGCGAUGCAUCGCGGAGACGGGGCUCAUCGUGAGGUGGUGUCAUUCCGAGGCGAACCUCAGAAACAGCCUGAUCAAGGCGGCGGCCUAUGGGCCUAUCGAACUCUACAUGGGGACUGGCUGCAGGGCGUUAGUGGACGACGAGGAGCAGCUCAGCGCAAAGAAGCGGAAAGAGAGAGAUCUCACCAGGGUCGAGCCGAACAAGGGAGACUUCGCCGGCCUCAUUAGAGAUGCGUUCAAGAACACGGAGAUUUCCCUACCAGAUGCAGCAGACGGUGAAGAUGACAAUCGGGACCAG